AUGUCAUCGGAUAUUGGUAUCUACGGGUUGUCGACGCGAGCCAUUAAUUUGGCAUUGAAUUUUGCAGCAAAGGGACUGAGUGUGUCGAUUGGACACCGCUCCUCGGAUUUGAUUAAGGAAUGCACGCACCAAGCCGAGAAGAAGGAUCUUGACGAGAAAAUCACAGGAAAGAAAGAUGUAAAUGGCUUUUGCGAUUCGCUCAGUUCCCCAAAGAAGGUUAUUUUGAUGUCCAAGCCUGGAACCAGCGCAGAGAAAAAUUACUCCAAAAUCCUUGCCGCUCUGGAGGAAGGCGAUCUUCUGAUCGACGCUACAAGCGAGGGCUACGAAAUCAACCUUCGUCGUGAGAAGGAAGCAGCCGAGAAGGGCGUGCGUUUCCUGACCAUGGAGAUUUUGGGCACGACCAAAGAGCUCCAGAAGGGAUGCGGCUUCCUGCUCAGCGGCGAGCGCGAAGCGUACGACCUCGUCGAAGGUCCUCUGAAGAAGGCUGCGACGGAGGUGGAGUACGAGCCGUGCGUGGCGUACAUCGGCAACUCUGUGAGUGCUGGAUACGCGGGCAUGGCGCUGUCGAGUCUGGGUCUGGGAAUGGAGCAGCUGGUGGCGGAAGCGUACCACAUGCUGCACGAAGCGGGCUUCACCAACGAGGAAGUGAGCAAGAGCAUCAACGGGUGGAACAAGGACUCGCUGGCAAGCCCCUUCCUCGAAAACCUGCUGCACAUCCUCAAGAAGAAAGACCAGGAUGUGGAGGGCUGCGAAAAGGGCGAGGGAUCGCUCCUCGACAAGGUUCUGGACUGUCCGCUGCCCCGUCCCGACCACUCCACGCUUCUCCGCGAGGGCUUCGAGCACCACGCGGCGAUCGGCGCUCUGACCGCCGCCGUGCAGGAGAUCGCGGUGAGCGCGAAGCGCGAGGAGCGAAGCAAAGCGGCCACGCUGUGGAACGGCCCCGAAUUCGACUGGCAGAAGCUGGACCACGUGCAGCUCAUCGAGGAUCUGCGCAACACGUUCGUGUGCGGCCAGCUGGUGCUCGCGACGCAGACGUUCGCGCUGCUGCGCCGCGCGUCGGAGGACUUCAGCUGGGCGAUGAAGCUGGAGGAAGUGGGCCGCGUGGUGGCGGGCGCGGCGUCGUUCCGCUCGGGAUUGCUGGUCGUGCUGAAGGAGAGUGUGGAGAACGGAGAUUUGAGCUUGCUGCAGAACGAGGCGGUGAGCGAAAUCCUGCAGAAGAAACAGGCGUCGUGGAGACGCGUCGCGGCGCUGGCGGUGAUCGGAGGCGUGUCCGCGCCGGUGGCGACGGCGAGCUUGGCGUACUAUGAUACGAUGCGACGCGAUAAAUUGCCGCAGAACGUGGUGGUGGCGAUGCGGGACUUUUUGGAGGCGAGCAGCUUCGAACGAACCGACUGCGCGCGCGGAAUGACGUACCAUUGCGAGUGGACCAAGGAGACGAACUAAAUUAGAGGUGUGAAAUGU